UUUGCAAAAAAUUAUCACAUGAAGCGGAGAUUGGUAGAUCAAGGGGGCGUGUCCUUUUGCUAUUGAGGGUGCAGGUGGCGUUAGACAACGCAAGAUCAGCCCCACCCCUCUUCCUGGUAAGAAACCCUGGUGUUUUUCAAGAUGCAUUCAUGGCAGCCAGAAUAAUACAAAGAAAGCUACUAGCUGUGGGAGACAGUAGUGUUGGUACGACCUGUCUCCUGUUCACCUAUAUGAAAGAGUUCCCAUCCACCUAUGCUCCUGUGUGGAAUAGCAACAACUGUGUUGACAUUGAGGUGGAUGAUGCCUGUGUUGAACUAUCUCUAUUUGUGAGACGUGCCUCCCUCUGUCAAGAAGUAGACCUUGCCGUGUUCUACAAUGAUGCUAAUGUUGUUUUGAUGUGUUUCUCUGUGGACAAUCGCAACUCUUUAGACAGUAUUUCCAGCCGAUGGGUGCCAGAAGUGAAGAAGCACUCGCUGAAUAUCCCUUACCUGGUGGUAGCUACUAAGACAGACCUUCGAAACAAUCCCACAUCAAUCCAACAACUCAAAGACUCCGAGAUAGCAUUUGUGAGCUCUGAAGAGGGACGAGACGUAGCAGAGAUGGUGGGGGCGUGUGGUUAUUGUGAGUGCUCGGCUCUGGAAGGUGUGGGGAUGAGUGAGGUAUUUGAGGCGGCUACUAGGGAAGCGCUGAAGUAUGAGGCAAACAAGACAAAAACUGGAAAACUCAAAACUGCUCUGGGACAACUCAAAUCGGCGUUCCAUGUCAAGAAAAAAGCUGAUAAAGCUGAGUCGGCAGCCGGUCACUCCAGUGGAGGACAAGAUUGAUCAUUGGGUAAUAAUAAUACACAUUCAAGCAGAACUGUGAACAAUUGUGCUGUAUAAUUAUAUGGACAAUCAUUAUACGUGUCUCUCAAACUCUUCAUGAAUUAUUUAUGCCACAUUACAAAAAACUG